ACAGAAUGCUCAGAAAACAACGCAUUCCAUGGUGGAAAUUGGGAUUAGAAAAUCCUCUCUGCCUCCUGACUCUUGAAAAUGGACCAUGAACAGAAUGAAGAAGACAUGAUCCUGGACCUGGAAUCGGAGCCUGAAAGUCCACUAGCACCCCCUGAAGAUCUUCUGGAACAACUAGACGGCUAUGAAUGGACUUUGCGAGAUGGGGGAGGAAAAAACCUGCCACCACCUGCAGACUUACUGAGAAAGCUCAGUGAACAGAGAGACAGGUCCAUAUUUCCAGAACACAGGAUUCCCACAAUGACAGAAGACAUGGCCAGGAAUGCCUUCCUCAGCUUCGUCAAUUCCAAGUGCUGCUAUGGCAAUAAAGCUGCCGGAGAACUGGUCAUUCAGGAUUUGAGACAGAUGACUGUAUACAGAUAUAGACUGGAGACCUAUCAGGAAUCAAGGCUAAGUGAAUGGACUUUUCAACCUUUUACUAAUAACUUGGUAGACGGACCACAAAAUGGCGCUUCUCCUCGGCCAUGGGAUAUUAAGGUCCAGGCGCCGCCAAUGUUUCAGGAUGAUACAAAGAAGUUCCGAGUACCUCACUCUUCAUUAGUGAAGGCAUGCCACAAAUGCCAGGGUCGUGGCCGACACAAAUGCAGUGCUUGCCAUGGUGCAGGCAGGAUGAGAUGUGUUACGUGCAGUGGGGCCAGACACAGGAAAAAGCAGCAAAAGCGGUGCAAGAUGCGUUCAGGUACUGGACGUAAAAGGUGCAGCACCUGUUCUGGGCGGGGCAACAAAACCUGUAUGACAUGCCAGGGAGAGAAAAAGCUCUUACAUUUCAUACAGCUGAUCAUAACCUGGAAGAACAAAGUGUUUGAAUUUGUUUCUGAGCACCAGCUGAACUUUCCAGGAGAGCUGCUCAGUAAAGUCAAUGGAGAGAAUGUAUUUAAAGAUGAAAAUGUUCUGGUGUAUCCCAUCAUUGACUUCCCUAUACCAGAGAUUUCCCUAGCUUCACAGAGAGCCAUCACAGAGCAUAAUGCAGCAUUCGCCACAUCAUCACGCAUUCUACAGCAGACCCUGUGUGCCUCUUCUUGCUACAAGGGGCUCUCCACAGGCCAGUACACCAAGAAUCCACUCUCCAAAAAAAUCAGGUUGCAAAGAGGGAAAGGUGGGUGGAUUAAUGCUAACAAGGUCAGCAUUAAACUUCACAAGAACUCUGCUGGGUUGUACAUUGCGCCAGACUAUUGAGCUGAUCCCCAUCACAGAAGUUCAUUAUCUGUAUGCAGGGAAGACGUACCUGUACUAUGUCUAUGGACUAGAAAACAAGGUGUAUGCACUGGACUACCCAGAGAGGUACUGCUGUGGCUGCACCAUCAUAUGAUGGCAGUGGAAUGCUUCCAGAGUCCUUCAGUGUGAAACAGACAAUAGCUGCACUUACAAUGGCAAUAUUAACGUCCCGUGAAUGCAGCACCAGCAGGGUCAGCACCAGAGGAAGAAACAGCAUGGCAGGACCUGGGUAUUUUCAUCUGGCCCCACUCAGGGUACAGUUGGAAGACAUGAUGGUAAUAACUCCCGAGUCCUGUUUACUCUGCAGCUUUAUCUAGUGCUAUUACCCAAGGAACUGCAUGGACCAAAAUUUUGCAGUGUAGAUGAAGUCAAUGAAAGGAGAAAACAAACCUCACCAGGAGAGAGAAUAAGGAACACAACUCACAUACUCACCAAUGCUAUUAGCAGCUCAAAGCCUGAUUCAGCCUCAUUAGGGUCAAUGGAAAGAUCAGGCCUUCAGAAAAGUAUUUCCAUCUGAGGAUGCUUUGGAUGUUUUGUUUGUUUAUUGCUGUAAUGAUUCACCAUUAAAAUGUUACAUAUUUUAAGCCUUUUUUUUUACAUUCAAGGUUAUGCUACUUAUGAUUGAUGCGUUCUCUUCUCUAUUCUUUUCUUUGUUAGGAUUUCCCUGAGCUACUACAUAUAACCCGUAGUAACAGAUAACAUAUUUCUCUAUAUAUUAAAUUAUUAAAUCUAUUUUAUUUUAAAAUACCAACUGGAGUUUGCCUGACGUGAUAAUACUUGUAUGGAAAGUAUCAGAUAAGAAUAAACAGC